GCGGUGUUCCCAGUUUCCCGCUACUCUACAGCCACCACUGCUCCCUCAGGGUGAUAGUGACACUGAGGAGGAGGAAAGUGAUUAUGAGGAUGAGGUUGAAAACCAAUUGUUAGCAGGAUGAUGAUUAAUGAAGAAUUGCAUGCAAGUUGGGACUAGCCAACUAGGUGUAUUGUCUUCCACGAUGCUGAGCACACAAGGCUGUAUGGUGUUGAUAUUCCAAUUGACUGAGAAGCUUUUAGUUCUUGCUGAAAGCAAUGAGAGGGUAGUAGAAGCAAGUAUUGGUGGUGGUGGUGGUGGUGGUGGUAGUGGCAGUCGUACAAGAUAUGGUGCUGGUGGUGGAAAAACAUUGGCUUUUGGUCAAGCUACUGGAGGAAGCUAUCGGUUCGAUCUGUUACGAGUAGCAGGUGGAUAUCCUGGGAGGAUUGCUCCAUCGGUCAAAGGUUCCCAGACAGAUGCUUCAAUCUGCAUGGUCAGUCUUAACCAUGGGGUGCGUGCUUAAAUGAUCAUAGUAGCAAACCACUAGUGGAGGUGACUAAUUUUUAGGGAAUUCUGGUUUUGUUUCUAAAAUUGUAGUAGACUACCAUUGAGAUGCAAACAAAAAAAUAACAAUCAAUAGAAUUC